GCAUAGGAGGUUUUUUGCCUCUAGCUAGCUAGCUGUGAAAACAACAUGGCUUUUACUUUGUACUCCCUUAUUCAAGCAGCGAUUCUUUGCGUCAACGCUGUCGCUGUAUUACACGAAGAAAGAUUUCUCAGUAAAAUCGGCUGGGGGGUCGACCAGACUGUCGGAGGUUUCGGUGAUGAACCAGGCAUCAAAGUGCAGCUAAUGAACCUUGUCCGCUCUGUGAGGACAGUGAUGAGAGUGCCGUUGAUUGCAGUGAAUGCAGUCUGUAUAGUGCUGCUGCUUCUGUUUGGAUGACGAGCGAAGAUGGGCCAGACCAGGCCAGACCAGGCUGGGCUGGGCCAGGCCAGGCCAGACCAGGCUGCUGAACUCUUCUGCAGAAACAUUUGAUCACUUUGGCUCACAAAACGUCUCCUUUUAGUCUGAAUAUUCAUGCUAUCAUUUAAUAUUCUACAUCAAUAAUUUGUUAGGCCUGUUUUAUACAGCUCAGUGAUUUCAAAUAAAUACAUAUGCAGCUAUUUAGAAUGCACCCUAUUAUUUUGAAUAGUAUAACAAAAUAGUUAACAAGUACUUUACAGAGUGUCAUUUUUGUUAAAACAUAUAAAUGGAUAAGGCUUUAUACGUGGUAUUGUUGAAAUAAUAAUAAUAAAAUGGGGUUGGUGGUUGA